AUGGAUGAUUCGGAAGACGAUAAUGUCGUGGUAGCAUAUAAAUAUAUUGUACAAAGUGCUCAUAAUUUAUAUCAACCGGUUCCCGUUCAAGUGGCAUCCAAGGAAUUGGCUCAUAGGGACCGUGUCUCCGCCGAUGUGAGGAUGAUGCAAGACUACUUCAAUUUCAAUUAUUUUUACGGGAAUAAAAAAUUUCAUUAUCGCUUUGGUAUGUAUCGACCAUUGUUUCUUCGUAUCUUAAGUAAAAAUAUAGAGAUGGAUCAUGAGUUCGAACAACGUCCCGAUGUAGCUGGAAUUAUGGGUCACUCACCGCACAUGAAAAUGAUUGCCGUCAUGAAGUGUUUGUGCAAGGCCGUCCCUCCAUAUAGCAUUGAAGAUUAUACGGAAAUGGGUGCCCGUACCAUCUACAGGAAUCUGAAGAGGUUUCUUGAUGCACUGAUGUAUGGUUUUAAUGAUAGAUACAUGCGUCGACCGUUACAGGAUGAUACAGAUAGGUUGUUGAGGGAGAAUGCUGCGUGGGGUUUUCCUGGGAUGCUAGGAAGUAUUGUUUGCCUCCACUGGCAAUGGACGGCAUGCCCAACUUACAGGGCAGGUCAACAUUAUUCGGUCCAUAAGAGAGCAUGA